AUGAAACAACGAGUCACAGCAUUAGACAUUGAGAUUCUCGUUGCGGAACUCCAACAGGAGAUUACCGGGUACAGAUUGUCCAAUAUCUAUAACAUUGUCACCUCGAAUAGACAGUACCUGCUGAAGUUUGCGAUCCCUGAUUCCAAGAAGAACUUGGUGCUUGAUUCGGGCUUCAAAGCUCACCUCACACAGUUCACGAGACCAACGCCCCAGGUGCCCUCGAGCUUUGUUACCAAGUUGAGGAAGCAUUUGAAGACAAGAAGACUCACAAGCAUCAAACAGGUUGGCACAGAUAGAGUCAUCGUGAUGAACUUCAGCGAUGGUGCGUUCUACCUCGUUUUGGAAUUCUUCAGUGCGGGAAACAUCGUGCUGCUGGAUGAGAAUAGACGUAUCAUGGCCUUGCAGAGACUUGUGGAGGAGAAGGGCAAUAACGAUAGAUAUGCCGUUGGUGAGACGUAUAACCUGUUUGACGAGUCAUUGUUUGGUGAGACAUCUGCCCAGAAGUCCCUGACUGAGUUCAAUGCUGAUGAAAUCAAAGAAUGGAUAACUUCAAAGAGCCAGACCAAUGAUAAGAAGAAGGUGCUAUCUGUGCAAAAGAUUCUCUACCAGAAAGUUCCUCAUCUCUCUGCUGAUCUGAUUGCUAAGAGAUUAGUUGAGCACGGAGUGAAUCCAUCGGCUUCCUGUCUUGAAUACCUCGAUAAGACCGAUCUUUUGGCACAGGCUUUACACGAAACAGAGUUGGAUAUUGAUAGCAUUGUCUCUAGCAAGCCGGUGAAGGGUUAUAUCGUUACCAAGACCAAUCCAUUGUAUGAUGCUACAAAGGAUGACGAGGACCUGAAAACGCUGUAUGACCAGUUUCACCCAUUCAAGCCUCUGUUGAAGUCGGAUGACGAACAGCUUAUCGAGGUUGUUGGCUAUAACAAUACUUUGGAUAAGUUCUUUUCAACUAUUGAGUCGUCCAAAUAUGCACUGCGUAUACAGAACCAGGAGAACCAGGCCAAGAAGAAACUCGAGGCUGCUAAAAAUGAAAAGCAUCAACAGGUUCAGAGACUCAUUGACGUUCAAGAGGUCAAUAAGCUGAAAGGUGAAACCAUCCUGUUCAAUGCCGACUUAGUCGAACAAGCCAAAGCUGCAAUUCAAGCCUUGGUUGAUCAAAAGAUGGACUGGAAGAUGAUGGAGAAGCUUAUCAAAAUCGAACAGGGAAAGAACAGUCCAGUGGCCAAGUUGAUCAACUUGCCCUUGAAUUUGAAAGAGAACAAGAUAGGCUUGAACCUGUCGACUGAUGUUGAGUACGAAGACGGGGAGAGUUCGGAAUCAGAAUCAGAUUCAGACUCUUCCUCAGACUCAGAUUCAGGCUCUCAUCGUAGAACAAGCAAGAAACCCGACUCAAAGCCAAAGAACACCAUCAACGUCACUAUUGAUCUUGGUCUGAGUGCUUACGCUAAUGCUUCAAACUACUUUACAGUGAAGAAAACGACAGUUGAGAAACAGAAGAAAGUCGAGCAGAGUGCAUCGAGAGCUUUAAAGAACAUCGAGUCGAAGAUUGAGAAGGAUCUGAAGAAGAACUUGAAACAGGAGACUGAAAUCUUAAGGAAGCUGCGUAACCCUUAUUUCUUUGAGAAGUUCAAUUGGUUUAUAUCUAACGAGAACUAUCUGAUCUUGUCAGGAAAAGACGAUUCCCAAACCGAUAUGAUCUACCAUAGGUAUGUUGAGAAAGAUGACAUUUAUGUCUUUGCAGAUGUCGACGGUGCUUCCCAUGUGUUUAUAAAGAACCCAAACAAGGGUGAAGUGUCACCAAGUACUCUGACACAAGCAGGUAUCAUGUCACUGUCGACUUCGAAGGCUUGGGAAAACAAAAUGGUAACCAGUCCAUGGUGGUGUUAUGCUGCUGAUGUAUCUAAAAACGAUAUCGAUGGGAAGAUGUUACCACCUGGGUCCUUUAGAUAUUUGAAGGAGAAGCAGUUCUUACCACCAGCACAGAUGGUUAUGGGAUUCGCAUUCUUAUGGAAGAUCAAGACUGAAGACAAUCAGAAGGAAUUAGAAAGACAGAUUGAAGAGUUUGAUAACUUGGAAAUGAGUACAGUUGAUGAUUUGAAGGACCAGGGAUCGGAAGAAGAAGGUGAAGAAAAUGGAUCUGGAGUGACUACAAAUGAGCUACAAGAGACUGGCGAAGCUGAUGAAGCUCAAAGACAAGGUGAUGCUGACGAAGGUGAAGAAGAAGAAGAAGAAGAAGAAGAAUCCCAGGUUGAAGCUGUUGAGCAAGAUUAUGAACAUUCAAGCACCGCUUACGAUGCAAUGAGUACCACCUCUCAGUCCAGACAAAAGAAGCCUGUACGUGGUAAGAAGAGCAAGCUGAAAAAAAUACAAGAGAAGUAUGGAGACCAGGAUGAAGACGAACGUCGUCUGAGAAUGGAAGCCUUGGGUACUUUGAAGCAGCAAGCCAGACGAGAAGAUGAGCUGAAGAAACAGCAAGAACAGAAAAUUGCCCAUUUGAAGAAGAUUGAGAAGAAAAAACGUCAAGACGAGCUCGUUGCUCAUAAGUACAUGAACAUGAAAGAAUCUGUUGAUUAUGAGUCCAUUUUGAACGAAUUGACUCCUACAAUCACCUCUGAGGAUGAGAUCUUGGAAGCCAUCCCAGUGUUCGCACCUUGGAAUGCCCUAACGAAGUACCGUUAUCGUGUGAAAGUGCAGCCCGGUUCUACAAAGAAAGGUAAAGCUCUUCAAGAGACAUUGCAUUAUCUCUUGACAAGGCCAGUCGAUGACAGCGAGCGUGAUCGUAAUUACGAUUGGCCUCGAGAACAUGAAACCUUGAAAGGCUUGAAAGAUACCGACUUAUUACCUUCGAUAUACGUUGGCAAGCUAAAGAUCAUGCUUCCAGGCAAAUCAUCAGCACCAAAAGGAGGGUCAGGUAGAGGCGGAGCUAAAAAGAAAGGUAAGAAAUGA